GAGGAUAGUAUGUCAUCCUGACGAGUGACUCGAACUCACGCUUCGCUUAAGCAAGCAGUCAUGGAGGCGAUAGAUAGAUGAGUGCUUCUUCUGCAUGGUGUUGGGACUGCAUUCUGUCUUCCCUUCUUUCUUUCCUCCCCUCUCCUUCGACACAUCAACAUCUUUACAGCAAAGACUUCCUCCAAGCCUCGAGCAAUACUUCAAAAUCAGCUCACUAGCAAGCCAUCAGAGCACAUAUCACAUCUGUGCAGAAGUCACGCGACCAAUCACACAACCCUCCUUAAAUGACCUACACAUUCCCAACACGAGAGCCCUUUCGGCCAUCAGAACUGGAACUCGACAUGGUAGCUUUCAUGACGGAAAAACUCAACAUUACAAGUCCCUACCGACAGUGUCCCCCUUAUGGUGUCCCAUGCCCCUUUGGCUCAACUACACUACAUCUCAGCGCUCGACGAGAGAAAUGGUGGCAAAUGUUAGAGGAUCUCGCGUGGAAGGAGAGAGUAAUGAUGCAAGCAUACGAUGCAGAGCAACAACAAAAGCGAGAGAAAGACAAGGCCCAGACCGAGCAAUGGAUGCCUUGUGAGCAGAGGAAAGAGAGGAAGGAUAGUUUGAUACCGGCGGAGAAGGACGAGGUUGUUGGUACGAAAGGUGUUGCUGUGAAGGCAGAGGAUGCUUCUGCUGCUUCGGCCGUUUACGAUUCUGACGAUGAGGAUGCUCCCCCAGAGCAGAUCGCUGGAGUCAGAACGAAGAAGCAAAGGAUUACUGUCAAAGACAAAGAUCAGGCACAGAAACAUGAGCACAAAGUACGGCGGGUCAAACCUUUGGGCUGUUUACGCAGUCAUGCGAGGAAAGGGUCUGGAGCAAGUACUUCCUCCACCAAAAGGUCUGCUUCUGGGUAGAGCCUAAUCGACAGGCAGAGUUACAAGAACGAAUACAACUAAACGAGUCGAAGAGCGCGGUACCCGACUGACUCUGUUGGCCAUGGUACA